GCGCAAGAGGGCGCGAUAACGGCGGUGGACGCGCAGAGGCGGCUGCUGGCAUGGGCGCUGCUGGACCGCAACAACCACUUCUUCCUCUUCCUCCACCACACCGCCAUCCCCAUCCAGAGCUUCAGCCGCAUCUACUCGUCGUUGCUGCACUCGCGCCACUCCUUCGUCGCCAUGGCGGACGAUCCGACAGCAUAUCCGCGCGGGCUUGCUCCACUCGUUCCGCAGCACAAGUUUGCGCGGAGCUCCAAGUGGGUGGCGGUGAACCGACCGCAUGCAACGGCCAUCGUGGCAGACAGCAUGUUCUACCGCGCCUUCAAGCUGCACUGCCCCGGCACGGCAGCAGUGUCUAACGGGAGAAACAGUGGGGCGCCCUCCACCUCGUCGCCAGCAGCGCACACACCACCAGCAGCACCAGCGUGCCGGCCUGACGAACACUACAUCGCUACUUUCCUCAGGACAGUAGACCCCGAUGGAGUGGCCAACUUCACCAUCACCCACGAGCCGCACAUGGCUGCCGCUGCUGCUGUGCACGCUCUCAUGCGGGAACAGGCCCUGCAGCGCACGCGCAAGUGGCGGCGGCAGCAGCGGCGGGAGGAGGGCGCCAUGAGGCGCGCAGGAGCAGAGGAGGGACAGGGGGGGGAUGGUGAGGUGUGGCAGGGGCGGAGGGAGAUGCUUGAGCGGGUGGGGGAGUGGGAGGAGGUGGAGUACGGUGCUGUGAACAUCACUUCGAGAGCCCCACAACCUGUAGAUGGAAUGGCCAACCCAAGCCAUGCUUCAUGUUUGCUCGGCCGUUUCGACCAGAAUCUGCAGAUGAGAUCAUGA